CACUGUACACGUCUUCAGAAAUGCAGAAAGAAAGUCGCAUUUGAUACGAUCCACGAAAUACAUUCCGCGUGCAAAUAUUCAAACCCCAUAUUUACUACUCUGGGAGGAUUUGUCUGAACAAUGUUCUCGAUCGAGAAUAUUAGCAAAGUAACCAUCAUAUCAUCAGAAUCAGCAAUUGAUGGCCCAGCACAGGCACACCAUUCGCUUCCUCUCGUUAUUCCUUUCUUCUCCGCGACCGGGAACAUAUGACUUCCCUUCGUCGGAGCGACACGCUUUCUUUACCUCCGAGCUAUGAAGUCUCAGAGCUGUCACUUGGCACCAAUCCCGAGGACACAUCCUUCCAGUUCAAAUUUAGAGCCCCGUACAUCAGCUGCAGCUCUUCAAUAUCCAACUACCUUGUCCAACCAUGCACAGAACUUGGUUACUACAUCUGCCGGAGACGUCCAACUCAUUACCCUCUCUACUGAGAACAUGAUUCCUUCUAAGGAACCUUCUUUUUACGGUACAGUAUCAAGGUUUACCGAACGCGUCACAUAUGCGUUCCGUCCACUCUCUCCCACUACGAUGAUCCUCGUCCCUCCAGAGUCACGUCCUCGGUACCAUAUCUCAGCUGGCUCUAAUUGCUUUACACCUAGCUCGUAUAUUACCACCAUCAGGCGCGGCGGAUCCGAGAUCGGUGAGCUAGUAGCGGACUUUGAGAUGGGCGACUCGACGCUGCCCCAGUCAGUCUACAUUCGAGGUACGCAGCAUCUUAUCAAGGAUUCCAUAAAAACGCCCAAAUCGGCGCAUUUCGGGAGGAAUAUUGGCUGGAAAGAUCGUCAGUUAUUCUAUAAUAAUUACCAAGAGUGGACUCUGAGUUUCAGAAAUCUCGAAUGGGACCUCUCCGAAAACACCAAAAUCUGUACAUCCUCAUCCUCAUCUCGUCCCUCAAGAAAAGUUCUGUACGCCAAGUUCACGCCAUGUCAAGGCCGGGACCUGGCUCAGUUGGAGGUGACUCCAGAGGGACAGGACCAGUUCGACGAUAUUUUGAUUUCAGCCCUGAUAUUGGAGUGGAAGAGGUUGAUGCUAGAUUCUAACUUUCCUGGCAUUAUUGAUAGUUCAAUGGUCGGCCCCAAGAUAAGAACAACAUUUCCUACCGAGAUGCAUACUGUUCUACUUGUUAAUAUCUCGGUAUACGAGGUGUGUCCCCCCACGGAUGAUCGAAGUAUCGCAAUGUCCCUCUACGAAUUCCUAGUGGAUACUGAACUAGACAGUCCUUCCAAGAGUGGCGAAUCAGAGCCCAGGCCCUUUGUACCGGUCCCAUACUCCUCGAUACGCGCACUCAGAGACCCGCCCAGCACCUGCCGAAAAAUCUCUCCACCCCCAUCUCGUGAAUAUGGACCACUCCUUGUCCUUCGUGGUACUGAAAUCCGGGAUAUUCCACGGAAAGGUGGACCUCCAACCAACAUUCCUUUGCACCGUUCGAUAAGAGGCAAACUCCACCGUGAACUCAAGAAGCGACCUAUUCAUGAGCUCCCAGACGUGGAAUUUCCCCGAACAAAGGGAGACCAUGAGGUCAUGGCAGAACAUGAUGCACCUGACGGUGCCUCAGAGGGAUAUUAUAGAUUCCUUCUGUGCUCUAGCUCGACGGUGAAGAAACUGUGACCAUCGGCAGAAUGUAGAAUAAACAUUCGGUUGGCCGAGAAAUGCAACCAGUCGCAUCCCCAGCCAAUAGGCGGCUUGUUCCGAUCGAAGACGAAAUAGUGCAUGUGGGAUACAUUAGGAAUCUAGCCAAAUCAUAUGUGUUGUCAG